UUUAUUUAAAAAUGAAUGUUUUCUAAUUAGUAAAAAGAUAAAAUAAAUUCGAUUAAUGGUUUAUGUGUAGAUAAGCAGAUGCUCGAUUAAUCGAGUAAAUGAUAACGAACGUAGAAACUAUUAUUAUUGAUAAUUUUACCAGUUUCCCAAGAAAUAUCGUCAGAUUUAUCGCUAGAUCUCUGUUAUUUCACGAUCAAGAAUUUAGUUUUUAAUGUUAGCCUUAAAUAAAAUAAUGCUGAAAUUGAAUCCAUUUAUUUGUGGAACUAGUGGCAAGAAACAUGGAAAUAUUUUCGGGUAUAUUUAAUGUGACAUCAUAAAAGAAACUUUGUCGUAAGAAAUGGACAUGGAUAAUAUACUAAGGAAUUUGCCAACAACGACACCAAAUGAUACUAAGAAUUUGCAAAUUCUCGUUUUACCAGGCAGUGCAAUUUAUUGGUCAAUUAUCGACAUAUUACUAUUUCUUCUCAUCGUCUUUGGCAAUGUCUUGACAAUACUCGCUGUUAAAAUGAGUCGUCGUUUACGUCACGUUAUAUCAAAUUAUUUGAUAAUGAAUCUCGCCAUUUCUGAUCUUUUAGUUGGUCUAACGUUACCAUACCACUUAGGAUUUUAUUUCAGUGAGUCUCUAAACAAAACUGAAGCAACAUGCAUAUUGAGAUUUGUCUUGAUAAGUUUAGCAUGUUGCGCGAGUGUUUUUAAUGUCAGUGCAAUCGCUAUUGAUCGUUACAUUGCAAUUAUUUAUCCAUUUAAUUAUUCGACAUUUAUAACGUUAAAAGUGAUUUUUCAAAUUAUUGCAAUUGGCUGGAUUAUAUCAAUAGCAAUAUCAACGAUACCAGUCUAUUGGCAUAAUUUCGAUUCAACCUCUGUCUGUGAAUUAGGAAUUGUUCUACCAAGAUAUUACGUGGUUGCAAUAUUGACACCAAUAUUUUUCAUUGUUUGGAUCAGUGUAUUAAUAUUAUAUCUAAAAAUUUGGAAAGAAACGAAUGUUCACAUGCAGAGAUUAAAAUCAAAUGGAGUUGACAAAUCAAAUUCUAGGGAUCGAAAAAAUAUUCAGGUGGUGUUUUUAAUAGUUGGAUGUUUUUCACUAUGCUGGCUACCAUAUUUGAUAGUUGCUUGCACACGUGCUUUUGAUUUCUACAAAAAAUCAACACCAAUAAUAUACAAAAUUACAUUUUCUCUUGUAAUGGCCAACAGUGGAAUGAAUCCAAUGAUUUAUGCAUGGAAAAAUUCAAAUUUUCGAAAAGCAUUCCAACGGUUAUUGCACUUUCAAUCGCCAAAUCACGAUGACUUUAAUUCCAGUUUAAAGCAUUAUUUAAGAAAGCAAAGUGAAUUAUCCGGGCAAAGAAUUAAUAAUGACGAUAUCAGUAAAUCAACGCAAGACACAAAUUUACAAACAAUUUACGAUAAUUGUACCUUUAAAUCUAAUCGAUCUUUAGAAAUGACUGUACUUUGAUUCAUCAGUAUUAUUUAUUCAUUAUUUGCAAAUAAAAUUGGAGAAAUCGUUUAAUAA